GUGUUGUUGUGUGAUUUUGAGAAGAGAAUGGUAUGGUUGGAUCUGUCGAGAAUUGUGCGAUUAUUGUACAUUUGUUAUAAUCUUGCACCGAUCUUUAAGUCAUGCCAAACUCAUUUGAUUUACAAUCAGAUGGACAGCAGAUAAAUUAUUAUUAUAAGGAGUUGCUAUAAAAAUGUCAAUAGUUCAUUCAAAUAUAGCCUUUAUGUUUAUAAAAUAGUUGUGUUCCUUGCUACAUCCAUCAUGUUGUCAUUAUCAUGUGUGGCCCAAUGGGAUAGUAAAGUGCCUGUCUGAUAUGUACUCACCAGAAACAGUAGGACUUUUCACUUAUAGUUUUAUGAAUUUGAACUUUUUUCACAAACUGUUUUCAUCUAAAGCAGGAUGCUACAUAGUAUGCAGACUUUGUGUUCGUAAUGGGGAUUUUUCGCUGACUCUUUUGCAGGUUACAUUGUUAGGCCAGUAGGUGGCAAGUGACUGUUUUCGUUAUUCAUACAGCUGAUUCAUUCAAGGAACAGAACACGUGAACAUUUUACAACUGAGUCACUGAAUCAUUCACUUAAAUAAUUCAUUGAAAAAUGUAUCAUUAUGGAACGUGACUAUGAACGAGUCAUUGAAUAAUCCACUCAACCUAUCGUAUUUAUUCAAAAACAUAGAAGCAUUCAGGAACGAGACACUUCUAGUGUGUGUUGGUGUUCGGUUUGGCUGCGUUUGGAACUAUUUUGGUGGACGAGGAGUAGACAAAUUGGCUGGUUGUUUUUAAAAUACUGAAGUUCAGGUUCCCGAAGAGAACACCAGACCCUUAAACCCACCACAGCAACAAGUGGCUCGGCCCGGAAAACACAGAAAACUCAUGACGGCUCAAAAGACUCAGGCGGAGAAAAGGCGGAACAAGAAAAAGAUCAUCAUUACAGUCCUGAUGGUGGUGGUCGUAAUGGCCAUUGUGGCUGUGGCUGCUUACUUCAUCAAGCAGUUGAUCGAGACCAAGUAUUAUUUUUGCUCCAAGUCAGUGAAGUUCAUUCCGCUGGAGAAGGCCUGUGAUGGAAAGGAGGACUGCAGCGGAGCCGAGGAUGAGUCAGCCUGUGUCAUAAAGUUUGGAGCCAACUCCACCUUCCCCCUACGGCUGAUGACAACCCGCAAUGUGCUGCAGAUAUUCAGGCCUGAUGAGAGUAAAUGGAAAAGCGUAUGUGCAGACAGUUUCACCCAACAACAUGCUGAGACUGCGUGCCAACAGCUGGGCUACUCAGCAAAACCCACUUUCAGUGCAGUUCAAGUGGGUAUAUUGCCGACUGAUCUGAAGAUGUCUUUCUGUAUGGUGGGCUCAUCUAAACCCCAGACUUUCCAGUCGACCGUAUCAGAUCUUAAAGUAUGCAGUCAGGGAGCAGUCGUUGCAUUAACAUGCUCAGCGGAGUGUGGGUUGUCCAGAAACCAGGAGCGGAUUGUAGGCGGACAGGACGCUAUCAUUGAGAACUGGCCGUGGCAGGUCAGCCUGCAGAACAUUGGCCAGCACACCUGUGGAGGGUCACUGGUGUCUCCAAACUGGGUUGUGACUGCGGCCCACUGCUUCGGCGGGGAGGGUAGGAAGGCUCUGAUCCGAUGGAAGGUAGUCACUGGAAACACUUACCUGGGCUCUUCUGGAGCUUCUUAUGUGGACAAGAUCCUCGUCCACAAAGAUUACAUAUCAGGACACAACGACUAUGACAUUGCCAUGAUACGACUCCAGUCCCCCAUCACUGUUGGAGAAUCCCGUCGGCCAGUAUGUCUGCCACCUCAAGAUCUUGGCCUCAAAGGAGGAGAUAACGUAGUUGUGACCGGCUGGGGACAUUUGUCAGAAAAAGGAAAUUUGUCUCCAAAGUUACAGAAGGCUCAGAUUUCUAUUAUAGACACAGACCAGUGCUCAAGUCCCUCAGUGUACGGCAUUUCUGUCACUCCCAGGAUGAUCUGUGCAGGUUUUCUGACGGGAGGAGUGGAUGCGUGCCAGGGCGAUAGCGGCGGUCCUUUGGUGUAUUCAUACGGCCGCUGGAUGUUGGUGGGUGUUGUGAGCUGGGGUUUGGGUUGUGCCAGACAAGAUCAUCCUGGUGUUUACACCAACAUGGACCAGAUGCUCAGUUGGGUCCAUUCAGUCAUGCAGGAGUACCAGUGAGUCUGGGAUGGAAAGAAAAACAGUAAAAGCCACAGCACAGAUUCACAGAGAUCUUCAGUCCUCAGAAAGAAGAUAUUCUACUGAAGAUAUAUUGAUUCACACAAAUUUGUGGAGGAAUCACUGUGGGAGUUUUGCUCAGGGUCUUAAAGGUGCCAUGAAAAAAAGAUUUUGCACACUGAAAUAUAUCAUGUAUGUAUAUAAUGAGAAAGCAUAUGCUAUUUUUGUGGAUCUACCACUUUUUUGGGACAGCAAUGCAAUCUUAAAGGAACAGUUUGCCCAUAAAAUGACUAUUCUGUCAUUAUUUACUCACCCUCAUUGCUCCGAGUCAGUAAUACUUUCUUUCUUCUGGGGAAAACAAAAGGAGAUGUUUUGUAGAAUGUGCAAGCUGCAGAAUUCUUAGUAAAAAGAAAAAGUGUGUCUGGAACACAAUACAAUUUAAAGUUGAUAUCAUCCCAUUUGCGUUUAAUGUUCGGAGAAGAGAAGCUUGGACAUUCUGCUACUGUACAUUUCUUUGUGAGGAUGAAUGAAUAAUAAUAAUAAUAAUAAAAAGAGCUGUCCCUUUAAAUUAAAGUGGCAUCAAAUGAACUUUGAGACAACAGCCACAAGAGGGUGCUGUUUUAUUCUCUCUCUCUCUCUCUCUCUCUCUCUCUCUCUCUCUCUCUAUCUCUCUCCUCCUCUCUCUCCUCUCUCUCUCUCUCUCUCUCUCUCUCUUAAUAUGUCUGUCUAUACGUGUACUGUUGUGAGGUUCUGAUGAUUUAUAUUGGGUGCCAUGUUAUUAUCUUGAAUUAAAGCCAGUGCUCAUUUACUCAAUAUACCAUGGUGCCUUUGAAACACUUAAUAAAUCGUACAUAUAACAUCAAAUAUGUAAUGACAAUUUAUGACAUCAGUUACAGAGGCCAACUCUUUUUAUAUAGACUGGGAUUAAGCGCUCAAAAGAAGAGUGACACCUGUAUUUAACUGCUGUGUGUACGUGAACGUCACAUAUUUCCCUUUGUGGGUUAGUAUUCAGUUCUAAAUGAGUCACAUUCAGACUUAUCUGGCUUUUGAUAUUUGUUCAGAAAACAUAUGUAAACUGCACACAAAGCUAAAAUGCGUCAUUCAACCUGUUUUUCUUAUGAAUGUCUUUCAACUUGUUUAACUUAUGAGUGUUGGUUUUUAUUAACUUAGGGCGGAUUCGGGUAAUUAGGGCUUUGUUGACAGUCAUCUCAGUGUCAAAAAAGUCAUCCAUUUUAUCCGAAUUCACCCUACUUGUGAAAGUAAAGGAUAUUUCUUUGUAAAUAUUGUACAGAUUUGUGUUUGUCAUGUCAAAUUCAUUAUAUUAAAGUGAAGAGUGGUAAA